AUGAUCACAGCCACAGCGUGGGUUCCACGAGGAUUUGCUGCGCCAUUUCCAACGAAGUAUACCUUUGACGAAGACGAAUUCCAGCGAAUCGCGGAACUCGCGAAGCUACAACUUGACGAUGCCAAUGAGGAUUUAGAAGAAGUGCAGAAGCAAUCCGAGGAGCAGAAUGGCAAACACAACGAUGAUAAUGACUCGGGCUCUGAUGCCGAAGAAGCUCCCAAAACACUGAAAUCAACUGGGGAGGAGGAUGACGACCUCAAAGAGUACGACAUGGAACACUAUGACGAAGAUGUGGCCAUGGAGCAGGAUAAGGAUGGAGAGUCUAUGGGCAUGUUUGGAAACGUCAAGUCCCUCGCAUACCAUGAGUCCAAUAAAGAUGAUCCAUAUAUCACAAUGCAGGAAAACGAAGACGACGACGAAGAUCGAGAAGAGUUACAGAUACUGGCUACCGACAAUAUGCUUCUAGCUGCUAAGAUAGAGGAUGAAGUAGCACAUUUGGAAAUUUAUGUCUACGAGGACGAGGCCGAUAAUCUCUAUGUUCAUCAUGAUCUUAUGCUUCCAGCGAUACCCCUCUGCGUUGAAUGGAUUGAUAUGCCAGUUGGAAAAGCAGGCGUGGAAAAGGAUGCCAGAGCGAACUUUGUCGCUGUGGGGACGUUCGACCCAGAUAUCGAGAUCUGGGACUUGGAUACAGUGGAUUGCAUGUAUCCUAAUGCCAUCUUAGGUCAAGGUGGAAAUGCCGAAGGCUCUGAGGACGCAAAGAAGAAAAAGAAGAAGCGCAAGAAGUCGAAAAAGGCAAAUGAUGAUUACCAUGUUGACGCAGUUCUUGGGCUUGCAGCAAACAGACAGCAUCGUAAUCUUCUUGCAUCAUCUUCUGCAGACAAGACAGUAAAACUAUGGGAUUUGAACACGACUAAGUGUGCCAAAUCAUACACUCACCACACGGAUAAAGUCUGCUCGCUGGCUUGGAAUCCUACACAGUCCACCGUCUUGCUGACUGGAAGUUACGACAGAACGGUCGUUGCAGCAGAUAUGAGAGCACCAGAUGCUAAAGCUCCUACGUGGGGCGUUGAGAGUGAUGUUGAAACCGUCCGCUGGGAUCCUCACGAUUCAAACUAUUUUUACAUUUCCACCGAGAAUGGCGUUAUUCACUUCCACGAUGUUCGAAAUACUCCUUCAAAACCAGCAGCCAGCAAACCCGUUUGGACAUUACAGGCACAUGACGAAUCGGUUUCGGCUUUUGAUAUCAAUCCAGUUAUUCCAGGGUUCAUGGUGACAGGUUCAACGGACAAGCAGGUGAAGCUGUGGAACAUCCAACCAUCAGGCCCGUCCAUGGUGGUCUCUCGCAACUUGGAAGUUGGGAAAAUCUUCUCGACUGUCUUCGCACCAGAUGAAGAGGUUGCAUUUAGAUUGUCUGUGGCAGGCAGCAAAGGGAUUGUCCAAGUCUGGGAUACUUCCACCAACCCGUCAGUCCGGAGGGCAUUCGCUGAUCGUGUAACACCAGUCGAGGGCGAGAUCAAGGAAAGAUUGGUUCGUGUUCGAGAUGAGAGCGAUGAUGAUGAAUCAGGCGACGAUGAGCCUGAAGAAGGAAAUGAAAAGAGUGGCGAAGGCUGGGAGUCUAUGGAUGAGGAUUGA